CUGGUCCCAUCUUCUUCUCCAACUCCCAAUUAUUACUAUCGCCAUUGUUUUAUCACUCACUUUGCACCAAUUCACAGAAAUUCAAACCUCUCUCUCUUUCUCUCUAUUGUAAUUCAUAAUGCUGCAGCAGCUCUCCCGCCCCGCCGCCGCCGGGACUUUGGUCCUCGCCGUGCUAUUCCUUGUCAUCUCCGACGUUACGGCUCACAACAUCACGCAUCUUCUAGAGAAGCACCCGGAGUUCUCCACUUUCAACCACUACUUGACUGCCACUCACCUUGCGCCCGAGAUUAACCGGAGAACCACCAUUACUGUCUGCGUCGUCGACAACUCCGCCAUGUCUGAGCUCUUGGCUAAACACCUCUCCAUUUACUCCGUCAAGAACACUCUCUCGCUCCAUGUCCUCCUCGACUACUUCGGAGCCAAGAAGCUUCACCAGAUCACUAAUGGAACUGCUCUUGCUGCGACUAUGUUUCAAGCCACUGGCUCUGCUCCUGGUUCUUCCGGUUUCGUUAAUAUCACUGACCUCAAGGGCGGGAAGGUAGGGUUUGGCCUUCAGGACAGUGACGACAUUGAUGCGAUGUUUGUGAAAUCUGUGGAGGAGGUUCCGUAUAAUAUCUCUGUGAUUCAGAUCAGUAAGAUCUUGCCGUCGCAAGUGGCGGAAGCUCCAACUCCGUCUCCUAGUGAGAUGAAUUUGACCGGAAUAAUGUCCGCUCACGGUUGCAAGGUUUUUGCCGAAACUCUUGAGGCCUCUGACGCUGCAAAGACGUUUCAGGAAAAUGCAAUCGGUGGAUUGACGGUUUUCUGUCCUCUAGAUGAUGUUUUCAAGGCGUUUUUGCCGAAGUUCAAGAACUUGACGGACGCUGGAAAGAUCUCCUUGCUCGAAUACCACGGUUUGCCUGUGUAUAAUUCUAUGUCCAUGCUUAAGUCCAACAAUGGCAUCACGAACACCUUGGCCACCGACGGUGCCAACAAAUUCGAUUUCGUCGUGCAAAACGACGGCGAAGUGGUUACUCUCCAGACGAAAGUCGUAACCGCCAAGGUCACCGGCACGCUUCUCGACGAGCAACCAGUGGCGAUCUACACAAUUGACAAAGUUCUGAAGCCAAGAGAGCUCUUCAAGAAGGAGAUUCCGGCUCCGGCGCCGGCACCAGCGCCGGAGACCGAGAAACCUGCUGACGCUCCAAAAGCUCAUUCUCGUCGGCACAAGGGCGCCGCGACUCCUUCAGCGGACUCACCGGCAGAUUCGCCGUCCGACGAAGAUCCAGCAGAUCAGACGACCGACGGCAAUGGCACAGUGAGGCUCGACGGAUGGAGAUUUGUUUCGGCCGGAAUUUCAGGAUUGGCAGCGCUUCUUCUACUGUAAGGUCGUCUUCUCUACAUUUCGCCGGCCCUAGUUUUUUCUUUAAUUUAAUUUUUACUUUUUUUUUUUGGGUACUUCGAAUAAUUCCUUUUGUUUUUUUUUUUUUUAAAAUAAAAAAUAUUGAAAUUGGUUGUAGUACAUUUCUGUGCAAUGAUCUGUCGUUUCUAAGAGUGUUUAUUUAUUUAUUUAUAUUUUUGGUUUUCUUAUUUUAGUUUUGUAAGGAAAGAGAAUCUUCUACGGCUGUGAUUUGGAUUUAAGAGUGAAAAUUUAAAUAUUAUUGUUGUUGUUAAUCACUUAAUUAAUCAAUGUAAAUUUAUGUCAUUGUGAUUUGAUAAUGACAAGCAAGGUUUUUUUUUUUCA